UGUGUUGUUUUCUCCUACAGUGGGGUGCGUCCGUUUGGUGUUUCAUUGCUGAUUGCCGGAUGGGAUGAAGGCCAACCCUACCUGUUCCAGUCAGACCCCUCUGGUGCAUAUUUUGCAUGGAAAGCCACAGCCAUGGGCAAGAACUACGUUAAUGGAAAAACAUUCCUGGAAAAAAGGUAUAACAAUGAUCUGGAGUUGGAGGAUGCCAUCCACACAGCCAUCUUGACAUUGAAGGAGAGUUUUGAGGGUCAGAUGACAGAGGAGAACAUUGAGGUGGGGAUCUGCAACGAGGCCGGCUUCAGAAGACUCACCCCAGCGGAGGUGAAAGACUACCUGGCAGCCAUUGCGUGAACACACCCUCCCUGGUGAUGGGGCUCUCUGGACACAUUUCAUGACAUAAAAGCACAGUAGCCAACUGUCUCAUGACACAUUAUUUUAAACCACAGGUAGUCACAUAGUUUGGCCAUGUUGAGAUAUGACCAAACUGUUUCUGUCCUGAAAAUACAUCUGAACAAAUGCUAAAACCUCACUAUAUUCCAAACUAUAAAUGUGAGUUGGCAGAAUAAGACAGCCUCUUUUGUAUUAUGCCCAGACCCUCUUUACUUUGUGAUGUGGCUUUUCACAACUGCAUAGGCUGAACAUCGGGGACUGUGAGAUGGCAAACUAAUGUUAUCACAUAACUAUUUGGCCUCGUUAUACAAUGGAUACCCUGGUACUGUGAAAUGUGACAGUUGGCUGCUGUGUAUAUGAAAAGGAAUGUGGGCUCUGAUGCGUGAAAUCUCAAGUUUUCCAUUGAAUCCUUACAUUUUCUUAUUUGUCAUUACUGUUUCAAAGGCAAUUCUAUCGGUUUUCAAAUCAAGCAAUGUUGCUGUAUCAUUACUCAGAAUGUAAAUGCUUGUAACCAUUGUGCAAAAUGGCCCUCUAGGUGAACAAAAAGGACAACAUUGAAAAUGGUAAUAAAAGACUUGGUAUUUACUCAUUUUGAACAUUGACAGUUUUCCUUUUUAUUCACCGGACUGCACCUAAUUAGUAUCCCUGAAAUACAAUAAACGAGGAUCGGCUUAGGAGGAAGGAUGCAAUGGAAAGUGUUGAGAUUUUACACUUAAGAUCUGGUUGCCUGUACAGCCGUUUUACAAAAAGCUCUUUUUUUCAGGCUAGAAACAAUUCUAGAGUUUGUAUUUUUUCUUCUGGUAUCUGUCACUUAUUCAAAUAAAAGACGAUGAGUUAAUGUUGA